UAUCGGUUUUGUAAGGUGCGCAAAAUGAAACGAAGGAUGCAAGUGGAUCCGAUUGUUUGCAAAAUUGAAUUGACAUCCAUUGCUCUUAACUUCAACUUGUUGAGGAGCACAAGGAUUUAAAUCAACCCCACACCACCACCACCACUGCAAUAAUGGCACACGCAGAUAGAGCAAGAGAUCCUUGUCCAUACGUCAUCUUAAACGAUGCCGGAGGUGCUUUCAGUAUGGGAGCGAUUGGUGGUACGAUUUGGUAUGCGAUCAAAGGAAGUAGGAAUUCACCUAGAGGAUCACGUUUACCAGGAGCAAUAGCAGCAAUCAAAGCACGAGCACCAGUUUUAGGAGGAAAUUUUGGUAUUUGGGGUACAAUGUUUUCCACUUUUGAUUGUACAGUAAAGGGAAUUCGACAAAAAGAAGAUUAUUGGAAUUCAAUCAUUGCAGGCUUUAUGACCGGUGGAAGUUUGGCAAUUCGUGCAGGUCCAAAAACUGCUGUUGGAUCGGGAAUAAUGUGUGGUAUCCUUCUCGGAUGUUUUGAAGGUGUUGGUGCUUUGAUUCAAAGACUAACGGCAGAAGGACAUAAACCUGUCGCACCCAUCAUCCCUGAUACCACAACACAGAAUGGAGCACUUGGAUCUGGACCUGUUUCAAGUCAAAUACCUGCUCCAGCAUAAAAUCUUUGUAUAUUUUCUCACAUUCAUCUUAUAACUUUUGACAAGGUAUUUUGCAUACUUGUCAAAUUGUCCGCUUUCUUUUUGUACUUUUCAUACACAUCAUCGCCACUCGAUUAAUGCAUUAUUAGACCUGAC